GUUACAGAACUAGCCAUCGAUUAUACCUAUUGUGAUUCUAGAGCUGGUGAUUACCCUAAUAAUUACACCAGUGUGCCUUCAGAAUUUAUAUCAGCAACAUUCCCUCAAGUAUCAUCCCCUCAACAAUAUACAUCACAAAUUAAAUGGAGUCGUGAGGUGGUGGCUACAGAAGAAUUUAAAUAUACUAAUUCAGGCGUUUGGCGUUGUCAUCUUAGAUUCCCUGUUCCUUCAUUAAAGCCACCAUUGUUUAUCUACUAUCGAUUAACAAAUUUUUAUCAAAAUCAUCGAAGUUACGUUAAAAGUUUUAACGCUAAUCAGCUCAAGGGCGUAGCUGUUUCUGCAGAUACUCUAAAAGGGGGUGCCUGUAGUCCAAUGGCAAUCACCAACGAUAACAAAGCCAUUUAUCCUUGUGGUUUAAUUGCUAAUUCUAUAUUUAAUG